CUUAUCUAAAUGCAAGUUAGAUCUUGAGGGCCAAACUGAGAAUGGGGAGUUUUGCUGCUGAUCUGUUUCUGCUCCUGCUGAUUUCCACAGGACACGUUUAUGGAGUGUCUUUCUACGGUGAUGGCUACAUCCACCUGCGGACAGUGGAGGCGUCCAUUCAGACGCUGCUCCAUGUAAGAUUUCGAACCUCCAGUCAGGCGGGGCUGCUGUUUUUGGCAGCUGGACGCAGAGACUUCUUGCUGCUGGAGCUGAUCUCUGGGCGCCUGCAGGUACGUCUGGACCUGGGCUCAGGUGAGCGUUCUCUACGCUCAGAAAAGGGCAUCCAUCUCAGUGACCUGGCAUGGCACUCCAUGGAGCUGACCCAUGACCACCAUAACAUCACCAUGACCGUGGACCGGAAUUCUCAUACAAGCCUCCGUAUGCCAGGACCAGAUCUGGAGCUCAGUGUCGAGGAUGGGCUUUUUGUUGGCGGAACACCUGGACUGAACCAUCCACACCUUCUCAACAUCUCCGCUGGGUUUAGAGGCUGCGUAGAUGAAGUUGUGUUCAAUGAACAUAACCUGCUGUCCAGCCUAAGGCCUUACUCCGGGUACAAGAGUGUCCACGAGGUAUCUCUGGGCUGUAGUCCACAGUUUUCUGCAACAGAAGAAGAUUCUGUCAGUUUUUUCAGCUCUAAAUCCUUUAUCUCUCUCCCACCAUGGGACGUGCCACAGGAGGGGUUGUUUGAAUGCGAAUUGCACCCCUCUGCAAAACAAGAAGAUGGUCUGAUCUUGUAUAGUUCUGGCAGUCAGGGAGAGUUUGUUGCCAUAGAGAUCAGAGAUGGACACCUGGUGGCAACAGUAGGAAAUGGAGAGGGGAGUAAGACUGAGCUGCGUUCUCUAACAUAUGUUCACAGUAGCAACACUUGGUACCCCAUCCAGCUACACCUGCUGCCCCACAGCGUUCAGCUGAAGGUGGGUGAGGAGUUGGUCAAAGCCAACCUGAGACUGGAGCUCCAGGUCAUCCAGCUUAAAGGGCCUCUCUUCCUAGGAGGGUUGGAUGAAGAAGCACGUGGAGAGGCAAGGAGAGCUGGGCUGAUGUCCAUCGUGUCUGGGGGGCAACCGCCUGGGGGAGGAGGCUCCUUUAAAGGCUGCCUCCGAGGAAUUAAGGUGAACACUCAAAGAAUGGGCCUACCUCAUGCUGCGAUCACCAAGGACAUCACUGUGGGCUGCAAGACAGGGCAAGCUCCAGAUGCACUGACCACCACCAGUCCAACAGAAAGUCCUGAGUUUGAUGUUACAACCACACAACCAAUUACCAACAAUAAGAAGAAGGCUAACUUUUUGUUGCUGAGAAGACUAGAAGUAGCGGAGGGAGGCAGGGCACCACUGGAACCCAAACACUUAAGGGUAAAUCUGGAUUUUCGGAAAUUGGGCAUUCACCCAUCUCAGGUGAUGUUCCGCAUUGAGGGGCAGCCUGUCCACGGCCAGCUCCGGCUGGACCUCAGAGCAGAUGAGGUUGACCGGACUUUCAGUAUGCUGGACCUGUGGCAGGGACGGGUGAUGUAUGUUCACAGUGGGUCAGAGGUCCAGCAGGACUUCUUCAUGUUUUCAGUCUUCUCCAGCAAUAAGAAGGAGCUGCCUGUGUUUCUGAAGGGCAGUCGCCUGCACCGGUUUGACAUCAGCAUCAGUCCUGUUAAUGAUGCACCAGUGCUCAGCCUGCCGGAGGGGAACCUUUUCACUCUGGUGGAGAAGUCAAGGCGACAGCUGACAACAGAUGUGCUGAGAGUGUCAGACCCUGAUAGCAGUCCUGCAGAACUGGUGUUCAGCUCCCUGGGAAACCGCAUCACCGAGGCUGGACACCUUGAGCAUGAGGAUUACCCCGGCAGGCCCAUUGAUUUGUUCUCCCUGAAUGAUCUGGAGGAGGGUAAGAUCAGCUUUGUCCACACUGGGGUCCCCACCUCCAGGCUGGCAUUCAGGGUCAGCGACGGGCUGAAGUCGAGCAACACAGUAGUUUUGAGGAUUAUGGCGGUGCCACUUGAACACACACUGGUGAAUAACACUGGACUGGAGGUAAACCAAGGCGGGGCUGCUGUCAUCACAACCAUUCACCUUGCAGUAGAAGUUAAUGUGGCUGAUCAGGCAGUGGAAAUCCACUAUAACGUCACAGAGCCGCCACAAUAUGGCCAGCUCCAGCGAUUGCACUCAAGCGGUGAAUGGAAACCGACAACUUCCUUCUCUCAGAAGCUUCUAGAAAAAGAGCGAAUCAGAUAUGUUAGUACUUACCACGGCCUUCAGACUCAGAAUAACAUCACUGAUCGAUUUAAAUGUAAAAUCAGCAUUGGUUCACUGGCUAAUGAGGAGGUCGUUUUCCUUGUCAUGGUACGCUGGAUCCAAUUUAAGGUCACUCGAAGCAAGAUGGAGGUCAAUGGUGUUCAGACUUCUGCUGUCACUCCUGAGGACCUCCAUGUAAUUUCUAAGGGUGUUAAACUCAAUGAGAGCGACCUCUACUUCAGGCUCCUAACAGUACCAAAGAAAGGGAGGCUAUUCCUCAACAACAUAGUCCUACAAAGAAACUCAACCUUCAGCCAAAAGAAUAUCACAAAUAACUUGGUGAAGUACGAGCUGCUCAACAAGCUGCAUGAUGACACAAGAGACACGUUCAGCUUUCAGGUGUUUUCAACACAUGCCAGCUCAGAAGCUUACAACUUCAGAAUCAAUAUCAAAGCCGAGUCGUCCACCAUCACCGUUGUAAACAAAGGCAUUUCAGUCUUGGAAGGAGGAAGUAAAGUCAUCAACAAAGAUAUCCUGUUCACUCACACAGCAAGUAACCGGGAGGUCCACUACAGCAUUACAGUGAGGCCCAGGCAUGGACAGAUAAGGAGGAUCAACCUUUCCAACUCAACGUCCAUUAAUGACAACAUUUUGACAUUCACAAAUCAAGAUAUCAUUGAGGAGAAGAUCAUGUAUGUUCAUGAUGACAGCGAGACAAAGCAGGAUUCCUUCACUUUUCAAAUCUUAGUUUACAAACCGCACAAACACACCAGCAAGAAGGAGGACAGAAACACAGCCGAGCACACUUUUAAUAUCUCUGUGCAGCUCGUCAAUGACCAGAGACCUGUCAGGGUUGUCGAUAAAGUCUUCCAUGUGGCCCGUGAUGGGCAGAGGUUGGUGACGUUGAAUGACCUUUGUUACCGGGAUGAUGACUCGGACUUUGAGGACAAUUGGUUGGUGUACACCCGGAGGGGGAUUCCCAUGGGAGAGCUGGUGCUGGCCAGUGACACCAGUCACAAGCUGUAUGAAUUCACACAGCGGGACCUCGAGCAGAAAAAGGUGUUGUUUGUCCACAGAGGAGUGAGUUUUGGCCGUUUUGUGCUUUUCGUAUCAGAUGGGAAACAUUAUGUUUCAACACUGCUGGAGGUGAUGGCUCAGGAUCCUUACCUUCAGGCUGAGAACAACACAGGCCUCACGGUCCAGCGAGGCGGAAUCACAACCUUGACUUCUGCUAACCUCAGCGUCUUCAGCAACCUGGACCUGCGAGACCCACAGGAUGUGACAUUUGAGGUCUUCUUUCCACCUAAACAUGGUGUGCUCUGCUUUUAUGAUGGCGAUCGUGAGACUGUAACAGAAGCAGAUGCAAUUUCAAUAUUCACCCUGCGAGAUUUGGUGGCGGGGCGCCUGAUGUAUCACCACGACGGCAGCCACGAGCUGUCAGAUUGGUUCAAUGUGACAGCAAGAGCAAGGGAGAAGAGCACAGAGAGGCAGCUGGACAGAGGGAGGAGGGAGGUACAUCUGGACAUUGGAGUGCCGAUAAAAGUUUACCUGGAAAGUCACCAGAGGCCACCAACGGUCAUUAAUAACCGUCCAGUGGUGGUGGCUGAGGGACAGAAUGUCUCCAUAGGCAGGGAGCACUUAGAGGUGGUUCAUGAGGACAGCCAGCCCUCAGAGAUAGUUUUUGCUGUCCAAACUCCUCCCACCAAGGGCUUCCUUCAGAGGGUUCUCCCCAAAGACAAGCACCAGAACAACAAUGGAGACCAGCAGCAGCUCUAUCAAGCCAAUAGAGAGCAACCAACAAACUCCUUCACCCAGGAGGACCUCAACCAGGGAACGAUCAUCUACCAUCAGCAGACUUCAGGAAGCACUAACGACUCUGUUCUGUUGGAGGCAACCAAUGGGAUCACAAAGGUCGGACCUGUCAGGCUGGAGAUUGAUAUCAUCCCUAUCCUGCUCCCUCUACAGGUGUCUGAUUUGACUCUUGAUGAGGGGUCGUCCCUGCCGCUGACCUCUGACAUCAUCAAGGUCGCCAGUCAUCACUUCUCAAGCAUGAACUUCCUGUACCAGGUCAUCGUUCCACCCCGACACGGCCACUUGGAGCACAGCCGGAUCCCAGGGAUGCCCAUCACUGCCUUCACUCACACUGAGGUGGAACGCGAGUACAUCUCCUAUAUCCAUGAUGGCAGCGACACUCAGAGAGACAACUUUACCAUUGUGGCCAAUCAGACGGAAAUCAAGAAGCACAGUCUACCCUGCACUGUUCAUGUCAGUGUCACACCUGUCAACGAUGAAACUCCUGUUGUCCCAACCAACAAGGGUCUGAAGGUGUGGGUGGGUUCAGUGACAGAAAUCACCGUAAACGAGCUUAGUGCAGAGGACUCAGACACUCCGCCUGAGUGGCUGGAGUUCAUCGUCACACCACCCAGCAACGGCCACCUGGCCCUGAAGAGCGCCCCCUCCAAACACAUUCUGAACUUCACCCAGAGUCACAUACAAACCGGACAGCUGGUAUUCGUGCACAGUGGUGCUUUGUCGGGUGGCUUUCAUUUCCAGGUAAACGAUGGCGUGAACAUCGCCCCUCGCCAGAUCUUCAGCACAACUGCCCACUCUCUGGUCCUCACCCUGCAGAGAAAUCAUCCAAUGGAGGUCUACCCAGGCUCUGUGACACCAAUCUCUGGGCAGGAUCUUCAGGCCGUCACCAACGACGUCAGCGACAUCAGAAGGAACCAGUCCGUGGUGUUUGCGGUGACCGCUCCUCCUAAACUCGGUCGCCUGGUCCGACGUCUGGCCGACAACUCUACACAAGACAUUUCCAUGUUCACGCAAAGCAUGGUGAAUGACGGGGUUAUUUUGUAUGAUCAGAAGAAGCCAGAGUCAGUGGGAUGGUCGGCUGCGGACUCUUUCUCUUUCACCGUGUCCUCCCCUCCUGCUUUCCUUCCUCCGCACACCUUCACCAUCUUAAUCUCCUACCAGGCUAAUGAACAUCACAACAACCCCCAACACACCAGACUACUCAACAACGCAGGUGCUGUGGUGUCUGAGGGAGGCAGGGUGAUGAUUGACAGGUCUAAACUUGAUGCUUCCAAUCUGCUCGGGAAAGUCCCAGAGCCCCACAGGAAAGACCACCACAUCCUGUACCGUGUGAUUUCCCUGCCGCGCCAUGGGGCUCUGUCCAUACGAGGACGCAACCUCAGCAGGAACCAACCUGAUUUCUCCCAGGUCACCCUAAACAAGUUCGGCAUCACAUACAUCCACGAUGACUCAGAGACGACGAGCGACAGCUUCACCUUCCGGGCCUGGGUUGCCCCUCUGGCUGUUUCCUCCUCUUCCUCCUCCUCUUCCCUGUCUGCUUUUCCCUCCGAUUCCUCCUCCUCCUUUUACCCUCUCUAUUCAGCCUCAUCAUCCUCGCUUUCAUCAUCAGAUGCGGCUUCUCAUCACCAUGUCAAAGACAGACUGGCGGUGACGGAGAAGUUCAACAUCACAGUUACGCCGGUCAAUGACCAGCCACCACUCAUCAGGAGCAGAGCCCCGAGCAAGAAGGUCGUGGUCGGAGAGAGAGUUGUACUUGGACCAGACAGUCUGCAGGUUGAGGAUCAUGACACCCCUCCAGAGGAGCUGCACUACCUUGUGAUUAGUAAGCCCAACAACGGCUACCUGACACUGGGGGAAAGACCGGAGCCAGUGACCUCCUUCACCCAGUACGACGUCAACCAUGGCCGGCUGCACUUUAUACAGCAGGGUGAGCCCUCAACAGGCGUUUUCUACUUCAACGUGACCGACGGUCAUCAUCGUCCCCUCUACAGACUGUUCAGUUUGGAGGUGAUAAAGCCCUCUGUCUCCAUGGUGAACAACACUGGCCUGUCAUUGGUUCAAGGCAGGACCGCUGUGGUCCUGACAACCAACCAGCUAGCAGCUCAAACCAACAGUCGCAGCCCAGCCAAUAUCACGUACACGGUCACUGCACACCCUCGUCACGGACGCAUUGCUAUUAACGACCAGGAAGUGACAACCUUCUGCCACGAGGACCUGCAGUUUGGCCGUGUUGUCUACCACAUGACUGAGCUCAGCGAAUCAGAAGAUAGCUUCCAAGUGUCAGUGUCGGCCUCAUCUCCCGGUGUUGACUAUGGAAAUGUAACAGCACAGAUGGUGAAGGUAACAGUGCGGCCCCUGAUUUACCUGAGGGAGCAAGUAAGAGUGCCCAGUGGUAUCGCUGUGAAACUGGGGAAAGCCAUGAUAGAUGCCUCUGAGCUGGCAAGAAUCAGCCGGGCCGACCCAGUCUUUGAGGUUCUGUCUCCACCAAAACAUGGAAAACUAGUCAAGAUGACCUAUGACCCUAACCGAGCAUCAGAGGUCCUGAAGUCGUUUACAUUCAGAGAUGUGGUGCAAGGCCGGGUCGCCAUUAAGGAGACUCUGAGUGACGGUGACAACCAGCUCCAUGAUAACAAAUCGGCACUCACGACAGCUCGAGGCCACGCGCCCGCCACGCCUCUCAACGAUUCUUUCAUCUUCCUGCUGAAGGCUGGAAACGUCCAACCAGCGAAGGGCGAGCUUCACUUCACCAUCUUUCCCCACCACCAGAUGCAUCACGGUCAAAGUGGUUCAAAUAAAGCAGACGGUGUAAGUUGGGAACACACGACAACCCGUUUGCCGACGCAUAAUAGGACUACUGUCGGAGGAGGUGGACGAGGGGAAUCCACGACGCACGGCGGGGUCAGGGUGGGUUUGCCGCCCCACAUUUUGUCACAUAAAAACCACAACAGGACGCAGCACAAGUUGAGGCCUCACAGCCGCUGGGGGAACCACACACGCGGUGGGAGUCAUGGAGGAAGAUCAGGGAGCGGUGUAGAUGGAGCUGGCGGGAGUCACAGUCAUCCCCCACAACCCCACACUCCUUCUGUCUCAGACAAACACGGUCCUGUGACCCCUCCUGACACCCACCUGGUACACGUCGAGGUCCUUCCUCGCCCUGCCUCUGACCCUCUACUCAUUAUCCUGCCCCUGCUGGCCUGUUUGCUCCUCAUCAUAAUCCUCGUGGUUUUGAUUCUGGUGUUCCGCCGCCGCAAGGAGAAACAGGCCCGGCUGCGACUCCUCCAGCAGCUUGCUGCUGUCACAAUACCCACUGAGGGCAGCCCUUACCUGGGCAGGGCGGAGCGGAGUGUGGCUAUGCCCUCUGUGGUGGUCACCCCACUGGGCCCUAGAAGCUGCCCAACCUCACCCAGGGUACCCAUAAGUCCCAGAAGGAGGAGUCUGGCCCCUGGAAUGACCUUCUGGGGUCCAUUUGAGGGUGAUGGAGCAGGUGAUGAUGGUAAUGCUAGAGGUGGUAACAGUAGUGAAAGAGAUAAUGUAACUUGUGGCGGUGCAGCCGUCACUGCAGGAUUCAAGACCUCUCUAAGAUCUAGGCCCCCUACUCCGACUCUUAAAGACAACCAGUACUGGGUUUGAUGGAAGUAAUUCGAAGAAAAACUGUGCCUUAGAGGUGUAUUUUUGGUUUGAAGGGCAUAAUUGGCAUGAGUGUAAUCUCCGAGGAACAUGUAAAUGUCAUCUAAGGCACAUCUGACCUGCUACGAACUUCUAAAAUAGAUCAAAAAUAUGCAAAUUUGUGGAAAUGGUUCUUUUUUUGUAGGAAAUGUAUGAACGCCAUUAUAUUUAAGUCAUUUCACUGAUCCAACUUGAACUUAACACAUCUUUGCUGUAGCUUCUAUGUAUUCAAAAACUUUUAAGACAUUCUACUGUUAGACGUUAACCAGCUAACUAGGAGGUGUGAGGUACUAUUCGAAGCAAACAGAAUUAUUAAUGUUUAGGUUGGUGUUUCCUCACUGUCCUUUCUUGGUAUUUUCCAGUUUUUGCACCACCUCACUGCAAUGGUGUGACAUGAGCACGACAACAAUUGAUUCUUGUCACCAACAAUCGGACUGAUUCCUCAAUAACACUAGUGUUAGCUUCUAUAGUUUCUGUAACUUCUAUAUUUUGGGAACUGUUGCUGAACAGUAGUGUUAGUGACACCUCUCGCCUACAAUAUUGUAACAGCACAGAGUCGAUGUGUUACUUCUGCAAAACCAUGUAUGUCAGCUGGCAGAUCGUAGUUGUACUGUAAGCUUGCAAGUCCAUGCAUGCAAACUAUUUAAAAAGCAUUCGGCCCUCACGCACAGGCGUCACUCACUGUUCUGCACUUUCCUGUUUCCUGUUCCUUUGACCGAGUAUGUUACAGCUGACAACGAUAUUGGUAGCUUCCUCAGUUCUUGAUCGACUUCAUUUUUGUCAUGCCAGCUGUUUGCCAUGCACUGUGAAAGAUUUAUUUUUAAUA